AUGACUACUCCAGCCAAGUUCUGUGGAGUGCUGCUCAUGUUGAUUUGUUUGAUUGGUCUGCCAACAACAACUGCGUCUCAACAAAUGCCUCUUUUGUUGUUACAACCGCCUCUCACCUUCAUACAACAACAACAACAACAACAACUGAAUGAACAACAACUGAAUGAACAACAACAUGAAGAACAAUUGAAUUUUCAGCCAAAAGUUCAAUCAGAAAAAAUUUUACCAAAACAAAAUCUACAAUCGCAGCAUUUGGAACAAUUAAUUUUUCAACGGCAAAUGUUUCCAAAAAACUCACAAACUUUACAACAAUCAGAGCAACAACAACAUUUGCAACCACAGCACCAACAACCAACAACCCAGCUCCUCCAACAUAUUAAACAGAAACAAUCCAAACCACUCCCGUUCUUAAUCAUACCAGCCAGAAGUUCGUUGCUAGAGUUUGAAACUUUUGCCCCAGAAACAAAUAAAUUGUUGCUAACUACAAUGACAACAACAGCACCGACAGCAAAACCAGCAACAACAACAACACUACCGGAAGCUUUACCGGCAACUUUAUUUCCACAGCCUCUCAAAACUGGCAGGUCAACCACAUUUUACCCUCUAGCAACAUCAACAACGUUUGUCGCACCUAUCGCAACCACAACAGCAGCAGCAGCAACAUCAACAGUCACGUUAACAUUUUUAUCAUCGGCAAUGACAUCAAAAAGACAAUCUGACAAAUUUAAUGCAGCAGCCACUGACGCAACUUCCAAAUCGCUCUCUCUUUUAUCCUCACCGAAGAUUCAUCACGACGACAAUAAAACGACAACAAAACUAACAGCCCCUACCUACAACGCAAACAACACUCACAAUAACAACAACAACAACAAUAGUAAACUUUUAUGGUCCUCGAGCAACGAUGAUGUUAACAACAACAACAACAAAGUCACAAACAGCAUUAUUCCUAAUGUGAAUAAUGAAAAACAAAAAGCUGCCAACAAAAACAACAUUAACAACAACUUGAACAGCAACUUCAUGAACAAUCAAAAUAUUAAUUACACGGCUAAUACAAAAAACAGAAAUAACGUGGAAGGUGGCAACAAUAACAACAACAACAUCAACAACAACAUCAACAACAACAAACACAUCAUCAACAACAAUUACUUAGAGUUGAAUGGCAGCAUAAAAAAUACUUCCAACAGUAAUUUGAACAAACAAAACAAUCAAACACUAAUUAAUUCAAACUAUCUACUACAACAACAAAACUUACAACAACAACAACAAAAUCAGCGUCAGCAAACGAAUGUUGGAAAUUUCCAUGUUAAUGAAGGUGCACUGUGGAUCGAUUUGGACAAAUUGCACAAACAACACAACAAACAACUUCAGCAACAAAACAAGCAACUUCAACAACAACAAAUGUUUUUCCAACAACAACAACAACAACAGCAACAAAAUCAGGAAAGUCAACUUUCGAAUCAGCAGCAAGAGGAAAUGUUGCAGCAAUAUCUGCAGCAGCAACAAAUGUUUGACUUCUUGCAGAAAAUCUACAAAAAUUCGCAAAACAACGGAGAACGCGGCGAUGAUGAUUCUCAUCAAAACGCCAACAAAACAACACAACAGCAGAGCAACAACUCCAAAAACACUUUGUACGUCAACAAUGACGUGCUGCAACAGUUGCUGGUCACAAAGUCAACAUUAACGAACCAAUCGAAACAUUCUGACGUGAGCAAUGCCAACAAUCAAGACGGAAAUUGGUUGAACAACAACGCUGAUUAUGUUGUGUUUAACAACAACAACAACAGCAACAACAACAACAGCAGCAACAACAACAACAGCAGCAACAACAGCAACAACAACAGCAAUUGGGUAUCUGAUAUAAAUGUGGACGACAACGUAGAUUAUGAAAGAGUUUUGAAAUUUUUACAGAACAACAUCAACAACAACAUCAACAACAACAUCAACAACAACAUCAACAACAACAACAACAACAUCAUUAGCAACAACGACAUUAUUAACAAAAACCAAAACUUUAACAACAACAACAAUUCAAGCAACCACAACAUUAAUAACAACAACAAUGAUAACAUUAACGCUACAAUCUUUUACAACACUAUCAAUAAUGAUUUAACAAACAUCAACAACAACUUUGGUGAUGAUGACAGCAUACAAAUCACGUCAAUGAUUGAAAACAACAACAACAACAACGCUAUAAUGAACAAUAAUAACAACAUCAACGCUGAUAACAACAACAUUGCAGACAAUAAUUACAACAACUUCAUUAAUGACAACAACAACAACAACGACGUGAACAUUGACACGGACAACAACAGCAACAACAACAACGAGUUUGACAUAAACUUCAUCAAAGGCGUCAUAGCUGAUAACGAAGCUGCUAAUAACAUCAACAACAACGACAACAUCAACAACAACUACGAAAUCAAUCUAAACAGUGAUAGCAACAACAACAACCUCAACGCGGAUAAUAAUAAUUUGAACUUUUUAAGUAAUAACAUCGCCAACAAUAUUGAGUUGGGAAUAAUUUCUGAUGUUGACGAGGCACCAAAUAAACUAGAAAGCCAAACAAAUGUUGAGAGGACUUACAAUAAUAACAACAACAUCAACUACAACAACAACAACAUCAACAACAACAACAUUAUUAGUAACAAUAAAUCGGGCAAUAACCAGAGCGCGAACAACAAAAACAGUCAGAAAAUCAACAACAACAAUAAACUGCUGCCCCCUAACAAAAAACACCAGAGUGAUGGCAUCAAUGAAAAUGCACACAACAACAUCAACAAAAACGAAAAUGAUGAUGGAAACAUCAACAACUCAAACAACAACAACGUCGACGACGAUGACGAUCUGGAUGGCGACAUCAACUUGCUCUCCUCAACCAAACCACGUCUCUACGUCAUGGUCUCAGUAUCAGUUGCCAUGGUCGUCCUCAGCCUCCUCGUCAUUUCCGGUUUCGUCAUCGUCUGCAGACGCCACGUGAUAUUUUCCAAGUACAGUUCUCUGCCGUCAACGUCGGCAGCCACUUCACAGGCCACCUCUUACUUCGCCUACGAUUACAUAUACAGGCCACUGCAUGGAAACAGGCUGGAUGACGAAUACGAGAACACAUUUGUCGGGGUGUCCAUCCCUCUCUUGCAGGAAGUCACCGUUAUUUGA